GUCGUCGCGUCGCCGCCAUGGGAAUCACACCGAUGAUCGUGCUCAUCUUCGCCGUCGUUCUGCACUGUCCGGGAUGCGGUCGCGCCGGCAUUUCCGCGCGUCUUCACGACAAGACGUUCGAUCCCUUCGCGGAGCACGACACCUCGGCGGAGAAGCACACCGAGCCGCAGAUCGACACCGCUGAUUUCUCAGGUGAUCCCUACGGCGCUUAUCCCGGUAUGAACUUCGGUCCCAUGGGUCCGGUCGUGCGCUCGGCGCUGCCGAAUAGCGCCACUCUGCGCAGCCUCUCGUCGGCCGCUGGCGACGAACAACAUCGUCCUCAGGAAAACUCGCAGCAACUCACCGCCCAGGGCUCCGGCGACGACGCCGCGAUCGCCGACGACUCCUCGCACAGCAACGAGAAACCGGAGUAUCAUGUCAUCAGCGUCGAAUUUCAUCGCGUAGAGACGCCCUUUAUCAUCGGCAUAUGGAUCUUCUUCGCCAGCAUCGCAAAAAUCGGCUUCCACAUGACGCCGAAGCUCAGCAAGAUCUUCCCGGAGUCCUGCUUGCUGAUCGCCGUCGGCGUGAUCGUCGGCCUCUUGCUGUUCCAGGCGACGAGCGUCCACGUGUCGCCGUUGACGCCGGACACGUUCUUCCUGUACAUGCUGCCGCCCAUUAUUCUGGACGCCGGCUACUUCAUGCCGAAUCGACUGUUCUUUGAUCAUCUCGGGACGAUACUCCUGUUUGCCGUCCUUGGGACUAUAUUUAAUACGAUGUCGAUAGGCGUGUCGCUGUGGUUGUUGGGGAAGAGCGGCAUCUUCGGCUGCGAAACGCCUAUCCUCGACAUGUUCCUGUUCUCGGCGUUGAUCAGCGCAGUCGAUCCCGUCGCGGUGCUGGCCGUCUUCGAGGAGAUACACGUGAACGAGAUACUCUACAUCGUUGUGUUCGGGGAAAGUUUGUUGAACGACGCGGUCACUGUCGUGCUCUAUCACAUGUUCGAGACGUACAGCGAGAUGGGACCUUCCAGGAUCAUAUACACGGACGUGCUAGCCGGACUAGCCUCGUUCUUGGUGGUGGCAAUCGGCGGUACUCUAAUAGGUAUAGUUUGGGGUUUCGCCACUGGCUUCGUGACCAGGUUUACUUAUCAAGUGCGCGUGAUAGAGCCGAUCUUCAUAUUUGUGAUGGCGUACUUGGCAUACCUCAGCGCGGAGAUCUUCCACUUGUCCGGCAUAUUGGCUAUAACCUUCUGUGGCAUUACGAUGAAGAAUUACGUCGAGGCAAAUAUAUCACACAAGUCCCACACGACCGUCAAGUACACAAUGAAGAUGCUGUCGAGUAGCUCGGAGACCAUCAUUUUCAUGUUCCUCGGCGUCGCCACGGUGAACAAUACUCAUGACUGGAAUACGUGGUUCAUCAUUAUGACGAUAGUCUUCUGCUCUGUCUAUCGCGUUGUAGGCGUGAUAGUGCUCACGGCGCUGGCGAAUCAGUUCCGGCUUCACAAACUCGACAAGGUUGAAAAAUUCGUCAUGUCCUAUGGCGGUUUACGUGGCGCCGUAGCGUUCGCUCUGGUGCUUCUCAUUGAUCCCAGACACGUGCCUCUACAGCCCAUGUUUGUCACCACCACUAUCGCUGUCAUCUACUUCACCGUGUUUGUUCAGGGGAUCACCAUCAAACCUCUGGUGAAAUUCCUCAAUGUCAAAAGAGCCGAGAAGAGGAAGCCGACGAUGAACGAGAGGAUCCACGAAAGGAUAAUGGAUCAUACCAUGGCGGGUAUCGAGGACAUUUUGGGAAAACACGGCAACUACCACGUGCGGGAUAAAUUCAAGCGAUUUGACAACAAAUUUAUCCGACCCUAUCUCGUGAGACAUCACUGUGGCGCCGAGCCGAAGAUUCUGGAAACUUACUCGAAGCUGGCGAUGAAGGACGCGUUGGAUUACAUAAGAAGAAACGCCUCCACCAUCGGUAACAUUAGCGGGACCGAAAGCAUGUCGGCGAUUUUCCGUAAUUACAGCAAUACCGGACAGUUCAAUGGGAGUCCCAGCUGCAGCCAGCUCGAGUCGGGAUGGAAUAUCGAUCUGCAGGAACUCGAGUACAAUCCUUCCAAAAAGGAUCUGACGGACGCGAGAAUUCACCAUCUGCUCGCCGAGGAGCUUUGUAAGCCCUACAAAAGGCAUCGGCGUUUGAGCUACAGCCGACACGCGGUGAACGAUCGCGAUCUCUCGACGCAAGUCAAUUACAAAAUGCACAUGAACAUCCGGCGGAUGAUGGGAGAGCACAAACAUCGUCACAAACGCAGCAAGAAGUUUGUCAAAGACGGCAAACAAAAUCACGUUAGUUUCCCCGAAUUUCAACAAAACGGCUCGACCAAAUUAUUUACGCAAGAUUACAUUAAUGGCGUGCUGUACGAGUUAGAAAACGGAGAAACCUCGAAGCCCUCAAGCAAAGAGGAUUGGGAUUCGGCGAUUACAUUCACCGCACGAACGUCUGAUUCGCCCAAUGUAAACGCGGACAAUCAACACGCUACCACCGCUACUACGUCGAUGGAUACGAUAAAUUCGGACGAGGGAGACUUGAAAAUAGGACGCGACGGCGCGGAAAGCUUCAGGGUAACUACCCCUACGGCCACGGAAACUAUGUUACCGUGGAAACGUGAGGACGAUUACGAGUCAGGUCAUCCAAUCAAGCAGAACGAAUUCCCAGCUUGGUGCUCCAAUAAGGAAUACCUCGCUUAUAGCUCGCCUUCCGCCACUUUCUUAGGUGGGAUCGAACAGCCGAAAGUCCAAUCCGUGAUUGGCCUAUUUCGACGCGAGAGUACGUGCACGCCCGACACUAUCGAUUGUCAAGAGACGGUCGAAGAGGCAGACGAGACGGACGAAUACACCCCCGCGGAAAUGGAUUCCCCCGCGAAAACCAAGGGAAACCCGAGGAGGUUGCCCGCGAGGAGGGUGUCGAUGAUGGAACUCGGCUUUGCCGACCGGACACACUCGCUGUCAGUGGACAGGGCGGUGGACGACGGUUCUCACUCCUUGCCAGAUUGCUGGAGUGCCCAGAGACGACGCCUUAACUCGCUCGCCUGCUCGUCCGUCCAGAUGCCGAGCCUGUCAACUGCCCUGAUCACCUCUUCCACCUCGGAUUCGUCGGAGGACGUGGAAGACGAGGAGGAGGAGAAGGCUUGACCCUUAAGGGCCGUCGCCGAGGAGUGGUCGUCCGCGUUA